CUCAAUUGACUUUACUCACUCAUUAACUGCCGCACUUAAACCCAUUCUACAACCAAACUACACCACCACCAACAUUCCUUCACCCGAAACAUCGCACAACAAAAAUCAAUAAUCAAUAAUCAACAUGGCAUACAUUGGCGACGCAGCGGUCAUCUUCUUUGUCAUUCUCGGCUGUGUAAUGGUGACUCUAUCGGGCUACUCCACGCACUACCUCAUGACCAAUGGGUUUUACGGCUUAGAGCGGGAUAUCGAUCCUACCGCAGAGCAGAGAGUGUAUAUGCGGCAGCUGAGACUGAGGGAUCUACAUUGGAUGGCGAGGGAUAAUAGGGUUAAGACUGAGGAUAGUCAGUCGGCUGUUUGAGG